GCGGUUGGUGCAACCGGGAAAGGUGUCCGGGGCGGUCCGAUCUCGGGCAAAGGUCGAUGCUCGGUGACCGGGCUCUUUGGAAACAUGUCAGCGGAAAAGGAGAAGCCCGGCUCGCCGCAGCCGCAGCCAAUCAAUCCUAUCAAGAAUUUCUUCGCCGGAGGUUUUGGCGGGGUGUGCCUGGUGUUUGCUGGGCACCCGCUGGACACUAUCAAGGUUCGGUUACAGACACAACCAAAGCCUCUUCCUGGCCAAGCUCCCAUGUUCAAAGGAACCAUUGACUGCUUCUACAAAACACUAAUUGGAGAGGGUGUUCGAGGUUUAUAUAAAGGAAUGGCUGCCCCAAUUGUUGGUGUUGCACCUAUGUUUGCAGUGUGUUUCUUUGGUUUUGGCUUGGGUAAGAAACUACAGCAGAAGAAUCCUGAAGAUGUCCUCACGUAUCCGCAGUUGUUUGCUGCAGGGAUGCUGUCUGGGGUCUUCACCACUGCGAUCAUGGCACCAGGAGAAAGGAUCAAAUGUCUUUUACAGAUUCAGGCAACAACUGGUGAAAAGAAGUAUGCAGGCCCUUUGGAUUGUGUGAAACAGAUCUACAAAACAUCUGGCAUUCGGGGCGUCUACAAGGGAACUGUUCUCACCCUCAUCAGAGAUGUUCCUGCAAGUGGAAUGUACUUCAUGACCUAUGAAUGGCUGAAACAUACGCUUACUCCCGAGGGACAGAGUGUUGCUGAUCUGAGUGUACCCCGUGUCCUGCUUGCUGGUGGAAUGGCUGGAAUCUUCAACUGGGCAGUUGCAAUUCCUCCAGAUGUGCUGAAAUCCAGAUUCCAAACGGCUCCUGAAGGAAAGUAUCCUAACGGAUUUCGAGAUGUCCUUCGGGAACUGAUCAAGGAGGAAGGUAUUGGUUCACUCUAUAAAGGCUUCAAUGCUGUCAUGAUUCGAGCUUUCCCUGCCAAUGCGGCCUGUUUCCUUGGCUUUGAGGUUGCCAUGAAGUUUCUGGAUUGGCUCCUACCUGGUGUGUGAGAGAGGAUCAGAAGUGGAUCAGUGCUGGAAUUCUGAAAUAGCUUACCAGAUGGCCAUGACUGUUUUUCAAUGUGCUGAAUCAGGAAUGGGAUUUCAUUAUCUAAUAGAUGCUGCAUUGAAAAUUUAUCAUAGUCAUUUUAUGAAGAAUUAUAUUUACACUUGCCUUAACAAUGUUCACCUGAUGACUGUGGGUUCUAUGUAAAAUUCUGAAAUUCACUUUUGAGCCGUAAUUUAUAAGUAACACGAUAUGCACCGGGAGAAGGCAAUUAUGAAUCAACUGCGUCAAACUAGUGAUAACAUGGCUUUUCAUGAUUACGAUCUUGUUAGCUCAGAGCUGUCCUUGCACUGAUAUCAUUGUUAAAUCUUUCCUCCUGCAACACAACAGUGCAAUUAACUAGAAAAAAUGCUAACCGAGUGCAGCAACUGAGGGGGAAGAGAAUUUAAUAUCUUCGGUGUGAUCCUUCAACGGUUAAACCCUUAUCCUUGGUGCAACCUUUUAGGGAUGAAACAAAUUUAAUUUGGGUGGCUUUGACCUGGGUUUCUUUUGGCACAGCUAGCUUUUGUUUUUGAGAGAGUUAUAGAAUGCAGAUUUUGACAGCAAGGACAAGUUGAAGAUUUACACUGGAAGGAAUGCUAUGCAACACUGCAUGGACUGCAAUGGUUCAAGAAGGUUGCUCAUCACCAUUUUUCAAGGGCACUUGGGAAUUGGCAACAAAUGCUGACCUAGCCAGCAAUUCCUACAUCCUGUGAAAUAAUAAAAGGGAAGUUGCACUUUAGGGUUGAGAAAUGUGUUUCAUUCUUAGCAGAUUAGAAAAUGAGAGCAUUGCUGUUUCUACCACAAUUUAUAGGCUCCAGUUAUUUUUACCUUGUAUCCUUCGGUGCCUGUUCCAAACUGCCCUGUAAUCUUUCAAUAUCUGAUCAGACUUGACCUGACUUGGCCAUGGUCUGAAACUGCCAACCAAAUCUCAUUGGAACUUGCAUUUUUACAUUUCAAUUUCUGAAUCUACUACCUGGAAUGUCAGGAACAAUCUUGCUGUUUCACCAGUGGAUUCAGACUGACCACCUUACCAGAGUUCAAGGAACAUUACCAUUUUGAACAAUAGAAAUGCUUAUCAUUUCCUGUUGAUUUUGUCCACUUUGUUUAAUGUUUUGAAUACCAAUUGUCCUCAACAUUAAGGUAUUUGAAUUUUGAUUUAAUAUUUUGAGACUGGGUCCAUCUGACAUUGCAGAAAAUUAGAGCUUUGACUGUCAAGAGAAUUUCCUGAGAUUUACGUUUAGGUUAAGAACAGUUGGGAUAAACAGUGAGCUGUUAUUGCAGUUUCAGCUGUGCCAUUGGGCAGAAGAGAAUGGAAACUUUCUCUCAGGUAGAGGGAGAAAAACCAGCACUUGUCACCCAGUGUUGUUCAACUUGAACACCUGUGUCGAAUCACCUUAGUCCCCAUACGUGUCAUCUUUGAUCAAAGACUAUGUCAGGCACAGAACAAGGCUAAGAAUGGUGGUAAACUGGUAUGGAAAAUUCAGCAGGUGAUGGAAUUGAGGUGCUGCAAACAUUUGGAAUAUGGCUUCCAUUGACAGUGGUGAGUGUGAAGGUUUCACCAAACUUUGAUCCAAAAGGGCUGAUGCUGUACUUGUACCUCUUGACCUUCUGGAGACGAACAGGUAUCACGAUUUCAACAAAUGGGAGAUGGCAGUUUCCUAGUGGAAACUCUGAAGCAAUUAAACAUACUACGCCAUUUUAAUAAGGAGUGAAACCAAGCUGAAGUUGAACCUUUGCUCAUUCAAUGUCCAUUUGCAAACACACUUUUCAAUUGAGGUUACUGCAUACUGACAGAGAGCUGAAGCCUUGGCUUGUCAUCUCCUUCCACCGCUCUGAGGAGCAUUGAGAUAAUUUGUUCCUCUUCUGGAAGAUCAAAUGUGAAAGCUUCCUACUGUGCCAACUGUCCAUCAUCACCAACCAGGCUAUCUCAUGGUUAGCUAAUGCCUCUGUGUUUAAAUUCUCAUACCAAUUUAUCUGAAAUGGAGAGAUGGGGCUUAGAGGGGCUACAAGGAAGAAGAGAGAACUUGAUGUGAGAUUUGGGUUGACAGACUCUGUUCUGGCAUUAAUUCUGCAGCAUUUUGUCUUUCUGGUGAAGCUUGUCAUGUUUUACUGCAGUGUUGCUGGUACUUGGUGAUCUGCUGAAUCCUCCAUGUUUUACGUUUAAAAAUCCAAAGUGCUGCUAUCCUUUGAGAAUUACAGGCCCUGUAGCACUUUUGGCUCAAUGCUGUCUGCUCCAAGAUUUCAUUUGACUUUAUUCAAAUGAAUUAAUGAAACCAUUUGAAGCUGUGACUCUUGAAUGCAAUUUUUAUGAAAUGAUUGCAGUUAUUAAAUCUGUGCCUUCUGCCUUAAGUACUUUACAAUUAUCAAUGUCCUAUGCUUCGCUCAAAAUGAAAUAUUUCCGGUUUGGAUCUGACUUGAGUAUAUGUUCUCGUUGUUGAGAACAAAUCCUGAUAAUUAGCUUGAAGCGAUUAAUAUCAGAGGCUGACUAGAACGAUCGGAAGAAAUGAGCAAAGAAAAAAUGAAACAAUCAUUGGAUUUGCUGGACCACUGAAUAAAGAAACCCAACUUCAAUUACUGGGACCCCAAGGUCUUAGACUGAUGUUUGGAGGUCAGGUUCUCUGUUUUCAUCCUUUUGUUUUUGUGGAAACCAAACAUUAAAUUUGUUUCCAUGAAAUAACAAUGACCUUGGAAAGAACCGUUCCUGUAAAAACACAUGAAUGUUUGUGAUUUCCAUUUUAAAAGAAAAUAAAUGCACCAAUCAAUGCAAGCAACUCAGCAACAUUAGGGACCCUUUGUGCCUGUAAUCUUUGUGUAGAUGUUGUUUGAAGAGGCAGUGCGGUUUUGAUGCCGCCUGCUGGAUCUAGUUAACAAUACCUCAAAAUUGUGUCCAAACUCAUGCAGAUUCAUAACUGUUUACAGCCAUCUGAUGAAUAUGGCAAUGUUACUUACUACUUUCAAGAGGAGGGAGUUUCUGGCCAUCCUCUCAUUCCCCUUAUUCUGGAGUUUUGCACAUACACCCCAACAUAAUCUGUGACCAGUUGACUUCUAACCAGGGAUAAAUGGAUAAAGAGCUAGUUAUUGCUACAUGCCUGGAAGUGGUUUCCAGUUCAACUGGUGAAACUCAAAACUGUGUCCGUUCAUCGGGACGUAAAGUAAAUGUACACAUGAAAUCAUCCUGGUGUGAAAUGUAUGUAGCACUGUUUUGAAGUAGGAUAAACUCUGUCCUUUCAUCUCUGCUGUCCAGAUUAAACAUUAAUGGCUAUGUAUUUUUUCUAGCUGACUGCAACUUAGGUAAAAUGGGUUCACGUGGGUGUUUACAGAACAGCAUAAAAUAAUAACAUUGGAAAUACUAGAUUGUUUCUCCAGUGUGAGUUUCGGUGCUCUGGGGUAUUGUACACUUGAGGGGCCAUAAUUCAAACAUGGAAUAAACUGAAGCCCCAUCCGCAUUCUCAGGUGUACACAAAGAUUCCAAUGGCACUUUUUGAAGAAACUUUUGGGAGUUCUACCUGGUGUCUGACCCAUAUUUGUCCGAGAACAACCACCACUAAAAUGGAUCAUUUGAUCAUAUUAUCUCAUUGCCGUUUGGAGAGCUUGAUCUGCAUUUCAACACUACUCUUCAAAAGUACUUUGGGAUGUCUGUGGGUUGUGAAAGGUGAUAUGUAAAUGCAAUUUCUUUCUAACUGACCAGGUAUCUAUUAAUAGUUUUUUUUUGUUGGAGCUGGGGCUCAAGGUUUACCAUUUUUAAUGUUUUAUGAUUGAAGCAAUGUGACAAGUUACACAGUUAUUUGUACGAGUCUGUUGUAACAAAUCAUCAAUGUGAUCCAAAGGCCUCCCUAGAAUUCUGUUUUAAAAGCGCAGAUUAACUGGAUUACUUUGUUGAUAAAACCAAUGUUAUCAAUGAUGAAUGAAUAAAUCUUUAUCUGUUGAAUUUUCUUCAUACCCAAAUAAACUUGAUUUCAAAGCAUCUAAU